AUGAGAUAUACUGAUUCCAAGUUCCAUUAAGUGGUGCCAGGCAGGUUUCUCAAGGGAGGAGAUUUUGUUUACGGUGAUGGAACAGGCUCAGCCACAGUUUACGAUUCAGAUUCAUUCGAGAGCGAGAAAAAUAAUCUGAAAUUCAAAGAGCCUUACUUAUUAGCAGCUUCAGCUAACUCUCAAGGUCAUGUAGGGUGCUAGUUCUUUGUGACUCUAGAUAGUCUUCCUGCUUUAAACGGCAGUAAUCACACUGUGUUCGGUAGAAUGAUAUCAGGAGCUGAUACUAUUGGAAUGAUUGAAGGAAUCAAUGAAUUCAGAGUUACAAAGUCACUGAUCGAAAAAAAGCCCCUCUCUGAGAUUGAAAAGGCCAAGGUUGUAAUUAGAAAUUGUGGAGUAUACAAAUUUGAAUAGAGACUGAGUCAGUAGAGGAAGCGAUCUGCUGUGGACUAGGUUGAUUUCAAGCCAUCUGAAUUUAUGCAAGACAGAAGAAAUAAAUGA